CGUACCGCGUGUCGUGUGUCGGCUAGCAGCAGAGGAAGAUGUCGGAGCACCAUCGCGGUGCUUGGGGUACGCGUGAGGACGCCGUCUGGUGGCCGGGUGGCAUCUCGUCGACGGAACAGCAGACACUGCAGCACCAUCAGCAUCUCAUCAACCAGCACCAUCAACAGCAGCUCGCCCAGCAGCAGGCGGCCCAAUUGCAGCAUCAGGUCGCGGUACAGCAACAGCAGCAACAGCAGCAGCAGAAUCAACAGCAGCAGCAGAACGACAGCGCCCGGAACAACAGCACAACGUCCACAUCCGCUACCCAGCAGCUGUUCUCGUACAAAAUGGCCAACAGCUUUCAGAAUCCGGUCACCACCAUGUCGGGCGUGACGGUGUCCACCUCGAACGCACCGUACGACUACCGGCUCGGUAUGAGCACGGUGGUGGCGCGGCCCGGUGACCCCCCGACCAUGUCCAGCACAGCACCCACCACCCAGUGGUGGUAUCCGGGUGGCCAGAACGCGCUUGACAACUCCCUGCAACAGCAGCAACAGCAGCAACAACAGCAGCAACAGCAGCAACAACAGCAACAGCAACAGCAGCAACAACAGCAGCAACAGCAAACUCAACAGCAUCAGAAUGCAAUUGUUAGUGCCACAAUUCUUUGACGCUGCGUUAAAGACAAUAAGCCGAGGGGGCGCAUGACGGCGUACGCGUUUUUCGUGCAAACCUGCCGGGAAGAGCAUAAGAAGAAACAUCCAGAGGAGCAGGUCAUAUUUGCCGAAUUUUCCCGCAAAUGUGCCGAACGAUGGAAGACGAUGUUGGACAAGGAGAAGCAGCGUUUCCACGAGAUGGCUGAGAAGGAUAAGGCUCGGUACGAGCUCGAAAUGCAAAGCUAUGUGCCUCCGAAGGGCGCCGUGGUAGGACGGGGCAAAAAGCGGAAGCAGUUUAAGGAUCCCAACGCACCGAAGCGUUCGCUUUCGGCAUUUUUCUGGUUCUGCCACGAUGAGCGGAACAAGGUUAAGGCGCUGAACCCGGAAUACGGCGUGGGUGACAUCGCGAAGGAGCUUGGCCGAAAGUGGUCCGAUAUGGAUGCGGAAAUAAAGCAGAAGUACGAACAAAUGGCCGAAAAGGACAAGCAAAGAUAUGAACAGGAGAUGACCGAGUAUAAACUGAAGUGUAAAGUGCAGCAGGCGGCCGCCGCCCAGCUACAGGCACAAGUCGUCCAGGCGCAGCAGGCCGCGGCCGUUGCGGCAGCAGCCGCCGCCGCCGUGCAACAGCAGCACGACGAUGACGACGACGAGGAGGAUGGUGAUGAGGACGAUAAUGAGUAA